AAUCUGAGUCAUUUUGUCUUUUUCAUUCAUCCGCAUAAGUUGUUCGUGCUAAAACAUUUAGUUUUUGCAAUUUACAUUUGAAUAUGUCUAUCUAUAACAAAGAAUUUAUUAACGUUGAUGAAGUUUACCAAUUGGAUCUCAAUAUGCAGAACAAGAAGAAAGAACUACUUAGAAUGUUGGAUGAAUAUGAGCUGGAGCAGUGUAUUGUGUGCUAUCGGCUCAGAUGUUCCUGCCAUUCUAAAUACCAGCCGAUCCAACAUAUAAGGCCCACUAAAGACGACCACCAGGCCUGGGUAAUGGCCAGUACUCGUAGAGAAGAAGCCGACAAAGAAAAAAAGGUUCUGCAAGUGAAGCAGAACCUUGUCAACAGCAACAGCUGUAGUGAGGAAGCUAUAGAUGCCUUUUUCAAAGCGUUCAAAAUGUCUUCCAAUAUAUCUGUGACGUACCUGUCAAUUAGACUCGCGGAUGCAUACUCACAAAUAAAAAAAAAACAAGAGUAUCGUUACUUCUAAUUUCAUACAAUGCAUAACUGUUGGCUAGUGUUACGGACUGUGAUAAUGUGAUAUUUUGAUACUGGGAAUUGUAAUAAUAUGAGAUUAAUAAAGCUAUUAGCUAUUUAUAAGAGGUAAGUAUUAAUUAACUUGUUUAUAAUGUGUGCCAUUUAAAAAUUGUAUCAAGACUGAGAAAGCCCGGAUACUUAAUAUUGCGGCUAUUUUAUUAAGGUAAACGGUUAUUAAAAAUCCAUUGACUGAAUAUUUUCUUCAA